AUGGGCGCCUGGCUUUGCAAGGCUUCGCCGGCAAGCUCGCCGCUGGGAUGGCCGUCCCUACUGCCGGAGCUCGCCGAUCUCGUGCUGCGCCGCCUGCCCUCCCUCGCCGACCGCGUGCGCUUCGCCUCUGCGUGCCGCCACUGGCGCCACGCCAUGAAGCAAUACUCUCUGCCCAGCCUGCCUCGGCCGCUCCCGUGGCUCAACUUCAGCGACGGCCGCUUCCGGAGCCUCCCCGACGGCGAGCUACCCAGCCUCCGUCACUACCUGAAGAACCCGCUCCGCCGAGCCACCAGGCGGCUCCCAGGCUACUGCAGGGAGCCUGUUCAUCUCAACCCAGAUGGCUCACACGGCAGGCGUUCCAGCUCAAGGUCCACCGACUUCCGCAUCCGCAAGGUCAUCAUCUGCUCGAGGGACCUCGUCGUCGCCAAGGUGAACUACCAACACGGCCCGUGCGCGGUCGUGUGCUGCCGGCCGGGCACGUCGUCGUCGUGGUCGACGGGACUGUGCAACGGCCUUUGGUACCAAGACAUGGCCUUCUACGGGGGGAAGAUCUACACCGUCACCAUUGAAGGCGACCUGUUUGCGCACGAGGUUUCCAACGGCACGGCGGACACUGAAGAAGGACCCGCGGUUUCUCGGGUGGAACGAGUGAUUCAGGUGGCGGCGGCGACGACGACGACUCCUGCGAACUGCGCAACAAGAUGCUACCUUGUUAUCUCAUGCACCGGCAAGCUGCUGAUGGUAUGGUGGAUCGUCGUCCCUGAAAAAUCCACGACGACAUUCAAGGUGUUCGAGGCAGAUUUCAGGAUGUCUCGGUGGCUAGAGGUGGAAAGUUUGGGGGAUGAGGUGCUAUUCGUCAGUUCAAGCUGCUCCAGGGCUGUUGCCGCAUCAAGCCAUGGCGACUACCUGCAAGGAAACCGGAUUUACUUCCUCGACGACAGUAUUGCAUCCUGGUUCUUUGGGACACCUAGCAAUCAACCUGCAUGUGGCGUUUACGAUGUGAGUAGCAGCACCAUCCAUCCUAUUCCACUGGGUCAACAAUGGCACCUUAGUAGCCAAUCGAAGGCAUCAUGGUUCUUUCCAUGA